AAACCGCAGCGAUGGCGCCGAAACCAGCAGAGGUCACAGCCUUGAUCGACCUGAUAACCUCCACCCAGUCUCUCCUCCGUCAGUUCACCACCGCCCUACGCCGCACCUCGAACCCCACCACGAUCCCGAACGCUCCAAACCCGCUGCACCUCCUCCGCGAUGCCGCCACCCUCCUCAAAGCCCACACGACCAAAGUCUCCCUCCUCGCAAUCAACAAACCCUUCACCCCCACAGCCAUCACCGCAGUCCUCCGGGACUUGUCCACGACUUGUCUCCCAGCUCUCAUGAGCGGAACACAAAUUUGCAGCACGGAAGAGAAGACGUGGGGAAAACUGAUGGGCAAAGAAGUGAACGCGCGGGUCUUGAGGGUAUUCCGCGAAGUGGAGAAUCUACUGCAAGAACUACGAUCGAUCGCGGAGGGGAAUGCGCCGGGCGGAUCGCGGAGGGAUAGUCUGAGUUCGACGGGCGUGGUGUGGGAGAGCUGCGAUGCGGUCGCGGAGUUGGAGAAGAUGGGGAUUGCCGGGUUAGCCGUACGGAAGGCGGAGCAGUAUCGAGAUGCGAUUAGCGAUGCGAUUGAGGAGUUGAAAGAGUGGAAGGAAGGUACGGAUUUGGAGAGUGAAGGGCACGACGACGCGUUGCUGGAUAGUGGGGAUGAAGGGGUUGAUGGGGAUGCGGAGAGUGUGGAGGAGAUGUUCAAUGCGGCGAAUAGUUUGCCGGCGGAUCGGGUCGAGUUGCGGGAGUUGGUGGAGAAGGCGGAGGGGAGGUUGAAGAAGGUCGUGUUGUUGUUUACGGCGGUGGGGAAGAGGAGGCUGAAGACUUUUGGUGGGGAGAAGGUGGAGGGUUUGGACCGGGUGUUGGAGCAGUUGGAGGUGGUGCAGAAUGAUGUGGAUGAUCUGGCUGGGCUGUUUUAUGACUUGGAUGAGGAUGGUGUUAAAGAAGGGUUGGAGAAGUGCGUGAGGGAAGCCAAGGCAGUCAGCAAAAUCGUCAAGCUUGAUUGGAAAGGCAAGGAAGACGCUUUCACGACAUGGAGUGCAAAGUGGGAGGAAGCCGUUGGAUGA